GGAAGCACGUGAAGGGCGCAACGUCAUCAUAAACACUCGUAGGCAACAUGGCGGCGCCUCCGAGCGGCAAGGUUGCGUAUGAGCAAGAAGGAGUUUUCAUUCAUUCACCUUGUGGAAAAAAUGAUGACCAGGAUAACUUAAUAGCAGGAAUACUACGUGUCAUAGAAAAGGAAAAUGAAGUAAUAGUUGACUGGAGACCAUUGGAUGAUACUUUGGAUACUUCUAAUAUCCUCUGUGCUGGAAAGGAUUCCAGUUCUGUUGUGGAGUGGGCUCAAACUCCUAAAGAAAAAUCGUUCCGAGGAGCAGAUCGUCCUAGUAGUUAUGAAGCAGAAUGGGACAUGGUCACCACUGUUUCUUUUAAAAAGAAGCCUCAUUCAAAUGGAGAUGCUACAACUCAUGCAAAUGGAGAAAGCAAGUGGUCAUUCCUGUUCAGUUUGACAGAUCUGAAAUCAAUCAAACAAAACAAAGAAGGCAUGGGAUGGUCUUAUUUGGUGUUCUGUCUAAAGGAUGAUGUGAGGCUCCCAGCUCUUCACUUUCAUCGUGGAGAUAGCAAGCUAUUGAUUAAAUGCCUUGAAAAGCAUGUUGUGCUGAGUGAAUCUCCCCAGGAUAAAAGAAUUCUUCUUGUGAAUUCUCAGAGCAAGUCUUUGUCUCAGUCUUUUGAAAAUCUCCUUGAUGAACCAUCAUAUGGCUUACUACAGAAACUGAAGAAAGAUCCAUACACAGCAACGAUGGGAAGAUUUUCCAAAGUCACAAACUAUAUUUUUGACAGUUUUCGAUUAACUGACCCUUCAACUCAAAGACGACCACCAUCAGAAAUGGCAGACUUUCUCAAUGAUGCUAUUCCAGGUCUAAAGAUAAAUCAACAGGAAGAACCAGGAUUUGAAGUCAUUACACGAAUUGAUCUAGGAAAACAGCCUGAAGUUAGUAGAAGAGAGCCUGUGUCAGCUGAAGAGUGGGCUAAGAAUAUGGAUUCUGAAGGAAGAAUUUUAAAUGUUGACUACAUAAAGCAAUUGAUAUUCAAAGGGGGACUGUGCCAUACUUUAAGAAAAGAGGCAUGGAAAUUUCUUUUGGGUUAUUUUCCUUGGAAUAGCACUAAGGAAGAGAGAGCAAAUCUGCAAAAAAGAAAAACGGAUGAAUAUUUCAGGAUGAAACUGCAGUGGAAAUCUGUCAGUGAGGAACAGGAAAAACGAAAUUCAAGAUUAAGGGACUACCGGAGUCUUAUAGAAAAAGAUGUAAACAGAACAGAUCGAACAAAUAAAUUUUAUGAAGGUGAAGAUAAUCCAGGAUUGAUUUUACUUCAUGAUAUUUUGAUGACCUAUUGCAUGUAUGACUUCGACUUAGGUUAUGUCCAGGGAAUGAGUGACUUGCUUUCACCUGUCUUGUAUGUUAUGGAGAAUGAAGUUGAUGCCUUUUGGUGCUUUGUAUCAUACAUGGAUCAAAUGCAUCAGAAUUUUGAAGAGCAGAUGCAGGGUAUGAAGACACAACUAAUUCAGCUGAGUACUUUGCUUCGCUUACUAGACAGUGGAUUUUGCAGUUACUUAGAAUCUCAAGACUCAGGCUACUUAUAUUUCUGCUUCCGAUGGCUUCUUAUCAGAUUUAAAAGGGAAUUUAGCUUUCAAGAUAUUCUUCGACUCUGGGAGGUAAUGUGGACAGAAUUGCCUUGCCAGAAUUUUCAUCUUCUCCUCUGCUGUGCUAUCUUAGAAUCUGAAAAACAGCAGAUUAUGGACAAGCAUUAUGGCUUUAACGAAAUACUAAAGCAUGUCAAUGAACUGUCUAUGAAAAUUGAUGUGGAAUACAUACUCUGCAAAGCAGAAGCAAUUUCUAUGCAGAUGAUGAAUUGUAAGGAAUUGCCUCAAGCAGUUAGUGAGAUCCUGGGUAUAGAAAGCAGAUCUGUAACACCAGAUUCAUAUAUUGGAGAGGAUGAAAGUGGAGCUGUGUUGAGUUCUACAUCGUUAUAUCAGAGUGUCUCAACACCUGUAAUUGUGGCCAAUGGAACAAGAGACAGCACCCAACAGAUGUCUGAGAGACAGAGCUUGACACCUGCGUAAUUACAGUUGGUGAAACUGAAGAAAGACUUUUGCUGAGCACGUUUGUUUCCCCCCCACCCCAAAAGCACUUGAGAGGAGGAUAUUUAAAUUUGGUGUUGAUUAAGCUUUAAGGUUGGAAAGAAAAUCUGUACUGUAAUGCUCUUGCAUUAAAGCUUUACAACAUGACUCAACUUAAUUAUUUUUGUAGUUUCUUCUACCAAAAUAGCCUUUUGUUUUCAAUAACAUUCCUUAAUAUUUUUGUAGCCAAGUGCAUUUUCUUUUUGCUGGUGAACUGGAAAUGGAUGGUGAUUAAGAAUGAAUUUGAAAAUGAUGCAUCUGCUGAGCUUCACAUGUAUUGAUCUAGGACAGUGUGAGUUCUUUGAUUCAAGCAGAUUGAAAAUAAGUCAGCUGAAGCUGCUGGACAAAACUUCCAAGCUGAAGAGAUGCUGAUGUGUUAGAUCACUUUGUAAAUGAAUGGGGUUUCCCUUUCUCAAAUGUUUACAAAAAUACUUCUGAGUAUUUGUUGCUGGUUGAAUGUAGAUUUGAAAUGGACAUUUUUACUUACGCAGUUUAAUGUCCAAAUACUGAAUUUUGUGUAACUGGGAGUGGAUGAACAGUAUAUUUUUACAUUAACAUAUCUUCACUUUAUAUAUGCGUAUAUAUAUUUACACACAUACACACACAUUAUAUAGAUAAAUGUUUGUGAAUACUAAAGGAAUAGUUGUAUUUUCAAUAUCUGAAUAAGCUUGACUGUUCAUUCACGUGAAUCAGUUUGACCAAAUUAAUGCACAGCUCUAACUUGGGCUCUUUUUCAAAACUGUUUUCUAAAUGAAGAUAACUUUCAUGUGAAUACAUUCAGUCCUACGCUUAAUCUAAUUUUGCAAUUGAUUUCUUGCCAACUUUACUAAUGUUUAUCUUUGCUAAUAGAUUAACUGAUCAAUAAAGUACUUUCACUGUUUUUAUGCCAGAUUAUUUGGAAAAUCCAUAAGCAGGUUUAAAAAAACCAAAAGUUGUCACAAUUAUAUUAAUGCAUUUUUUUGUAUAUGCAAAAGGCAGUGUGAGUUUAUUCCAUGCCAUGCUGAUGUCCUUUGAAGUUAUGUGAAAUUUAACAUAACUGAUUCAAUGUAUUCAUUAUUUGGUAACUAUUGUACAUAUAUAAAAUAAAAAUCAAAGCUGAUUUAGUGUUUUUAAUUAAAUCAUAUUUAGAGAAAAAAAUUCUAGUUGUCUGGUUGUUGAUAUAACAUGAGAUGGAAGAGAUAGGUAACAGCAGUUAGUCCAUUGAUUCUGUAUAUUUUGAAUGUUUAAUGAAGAGCAGUGGUGAAAUCUGCUUACUACUGAGUAGAACAUGUUGUCAGUCAUCCUUAGGCUGUUGAUGUUUAUGGAGCAGUUUUUCUUUUAGAGCAGUUUACUAGUACAAAUGUGAUUUGUACCAUCUGAAGUAAAUACGAGCAAUACAAAAAGGCUUUAAUAGAUGAAUCAAGUUGUUACAGUAACUUGAGACCCAAUUAAACUUCUCACAACAAUUGUGGACAAACACUGUGAAGAGCUGAAUCAGUAUAGAUUUUGUUUUUAAUACCUUCAGCAUGCUAUCUCUUCAUCAGUUAAUAAGGAAGACUCUUACUUGGUGAAUGUCAAGGAUUCACAGCUCAGCGUAUCUACAGCCUUUCAUUUCCUGUUCAGGAAAUUACAGUGAAGCAUCGUGCCUUUGUUCCCAGUUGAGCAUUGUGUUUCUUGGCAGAUCAUUUUACAUAGCACAGAAUAUGUAAAGGCAUUAGAAUUUAUAUAAUCAACACUUUGGUUCAAAUAAAUUAAGCAAGUUAGUUUCGGUAUUUUUGGAGCAAGUACCUUGGUUCACUUGGACUUUGAAGUGCACUUCAAAAAUGUUUUUGUCAAAAAUUGUAUUAAAAUAAAACUCUGGGAGGAAGGAAAAUGUCUAAAAUUGAGAAAUAUAAUAUAAGUCUGCCAAGAUUAACUGUGCCAGGUUCUUAUGCAAGAUAUGCAGUCAGAUUCCCCAAAGGGGUACAGAAGUGUCAUAUUAAGACUUUUUCAAGAUGUUAAUAACUGGAUAAGCAUGAAUACUCAAUUUUCAGGAGAAGUGUAUGUAUUUGGUAUUCUGUCAUUUCUUUCAAUUGCAAGCAAGGCUGAUAGGAAUGCUAGCAGUCUUUUUAAAAAAUUAAAGUUUGCCUUUUGUAUUUGGGACAUAAGUUAUAAUAAGGGACAUAAUAAGUUAUUAACCACCCCUCAGAUGUCAAAGAUGAGAAGGUUGCUCUUGAAUUAAACAGUGACGAGUUGCUCUGGAAGGUUUGAAGUGGGUAGGCUCACUUUACUUCCCAGGAGCAGUAAGAGCAAAUGCCCCUGCAGUAUUCUCUGUCUGUAGUUUCCUUCCUUCCCUCCCUGCUCACAGGCAGCCUUGUAACAUACUGCAAUCACAAAGAACCUCUUCCUCCUCUACUGUUUGUUAAAGACAGAUUUAGUCUAAGCUGAGACUGCAAACACUGUGGAAGUGUUCAGCUGAAUCUCAGUGGCUGAAAAAUGCCGUGGGUUGGGGGUCCUGAUGUAUUUUUCAUACUUGAAAAACCUAGAUUGGAUAGAAUUAAAAAAUAAGAACUCUUAUUUUUGGUUAGAGUUGUCAAAGAUGUACAAGAGGCAAUAUCUUAGUUCCUUCAGAGCUGUUUUGUUCUAUAAUGCUUGACUUGUAGAUAAUUAUUUUGGGAGGAGUGAGCGGGGUUAUUUAAAACUUUGUACUUUUCAAUCAUAGCAGUGUUAUAAUAGUAACUGUUCCAAGGUAAAACUUAUACCUAUCUAGCUCUCUCCUGAAUAGAUCUUUACCAUUUUGCAUGUUCAGGCAAUUCUAUUUGCUUUGAAAAUGUUUUCUCAAUGAUUCUUGCUUUUGUUUGGUGGGAAGAGGAUAGCUAACAAAAAGGAGAACUGGACAAAGCUUUUAUGUUUGGAUUACUGAAUGUUUAUGGAAUGGCUUUGAUACUGGGAAGUUUAAAAAGAAAAAAACACCCAAAAGGAUGAUGCUAUAUUAAACUGUGUAAACACUUUAA